CUACUCAUGCAAUGAGAAUAGAUGCUAGCAAUAUCUUUCCCUGUUGCAUCAUUUUAUCCAGGGCUAUAAGAAUGGGGGGAGAAGUGCGCAUGCUUGGGUCUUUUUGUACAGCCACUCGCUUGCCAUUGGCAGAUGAGCACGCUGCGACUGGCAGAAGUAGCGCCAUAGUUGGAUUUACAUCCCACUUUACUGGGCGCACGUCUUCUGGAGAGUAAGAACAGUACCGGCAUCCGUGCACUUUGCGCGUUUAAUUCCGUUAACCAUGGAGAAUAAGUGUGAGAUAAACGGACACUCUGUGUCCAAAUGCCCAGAAUCCUCGGUCUCAGUCAAAUGUGAAAAGAAAGGCUGCAAGGAUAGAUUUACGGGUUUCCUUCAAAGAAAUCUACUAGUGAUUCUCACGGUGUCAGGGGUCUUAGUUGGAGUUGGACUUGGAAUGAUCAUUCGGAACAUGAAUCUCACCCGGGCGCAGAUGACAUAUUUCGCCUUUCCGGGCGAGAUGUUGCUGAGGAUGCUGAAGAUGAUCAUUCUUCCCUUGGUGGUGUGCAGCCUGAUCUCGGGUGCUGCUAGCAUUGACACUCGUUCGUUGGGAAAACUGGGAGGAAUCGCGGUGUCUUAUUUUUUGGUGACCACCCUCAUAGCCUCUUGUAUUGGCGUGGCUCUUGCAUUCAUCAUCAAACCCGGCGUCGGUGCCGGUGCGCUGAAGACCAACAGCUUGUCUCUGGAAGGCGUGAGCAACAACAAGGAAACCGCGGACUCAUUUUUAGAUCUUGCCAGAAAUUUGUUCCCGUCAAACCUUGUGGCAUCAGCAUUCCGCUCGUACGCCACAGACUACAAGAACAUUCCGGUGGGGAACGACAGCAAUGGAACCAUCCUCUACCAGAAGGUUCCCUAUGGCACGGACACGGAUGGCAUGAACAUCCUGGGCCUGGUGCUCUUUGCCAUGGUCUUUGGGGUGGCACUCAGGAAGCUGGGCGCAGAGGGGGAGGAGCUCAUCCGCUUCUUCAAUGCCUUCAACGAGGCCACCAUGGUGCUGGUGUCCUGGAUCAUGUGGUAUGUGCCCCUGGGCAUCAUGUUCCUGGUCGGGAGUAAGAUCGUGGAGAUGGAGGACGUAGGCCUCCUGGUCACCAGUCUGGGCAAGUACAUCUUUGCCUCCAUCCUGGGCCACGUCCUCCACGGAGGCAUCGUCCUGCCCCUCAUCUACUUCGGCUUCACCCGCAAGAACCCCUUCACCUUCCUCUCCGGGCUCAUCACGCCAUUCACCACAGCCUUCGCCACCUGCUCAAGCUCGGCAACCCUGCCGUCCAUGAUCAAGUGUGUGGAGGAGAACAACGGCGUGGACAAGAGGAUCAGUCGCUUCAUCCUCCCCAUCGGGGCGACCGUGAACAUGGACGGAGCGGCCAUCUUCCAGUGCGUCGCCGCCGUGUUCAUCGCCCAGCUGAACAACUAUGACCUCAGUGCCGUCCAGAUCUUCACCAUUCUGGUUACGGCCACAGCCUCCAGUGUGGGUGCAGCAGGGAUCCCAGCUGGGGGAAUCAUCACCAUCGCCAUCAUCUUGGAGGCCAUCGGGCUGCCCACCAAUGACCUGUCACUCAUGCUAGCGGUCGACUGGAUUGUUGAUCGCACCACCACUGUGGUGAAUGUGGAGGGGGAUGCCCUGGGCGCCGGGAUCCUGAACCAUAUCAACGAGAAGGAUCAGAAGAAGUUGCAGCAGGAGGAGGAGGAGGAGGAGGAGGAGCAGGAGCUCACCGAGGUGAAGGUGGAGGCGGUGGCCAACAUGCAGGCGGAGGAGGAGACCUCCCCGCUGGUCACGCACCGCCCACUCGCCCCGGACUCCUCCUGCGCCAACCUGCUGGACAAGGAGGGCAUGGAGUCUGUGCUCUGAGCUCGGGGACCCGUGCGUUCUACUCCG